GCAGCAUUGUUCCAGCUAGAAUGUUGAGAGCUUCUCUCUCUAGAAUUCAAUAGUCACCUACUAACAAUACAGAACAUUUUCCACCAGCUGUAACAACAGCCUGCAAACAUGAGCGAACCAAAUUCAAACCAAGUAACUACCAACCCUGAUUGUGAACCUCCGGACAUGGGAACUAUACAAAUUGAUGAACCUAUCCUGCCUACAGCAAAAGCCUCUUUCCUACAAAUGUUAUGUUCUAACCCAUGUGCUAUCCCCUUCCCCAAAUCCACAUGCAUUAUUCCUACAGAAGCAGACCUAUCAGAUGAAAGUAUUGCGAGUGAAUACGAUGAUAAAAUUUUCAUCGCUCUAACAACUACUGAUAAAGCCAGACUCUAUUCGCCCUGGCAAUUUUCAGUCAUUAUCAAACUUUUUGGGAGAAAAAUAGGCCACCAAAUCCUUCGUACCAAAAUCAUCUCUCUUUGGAAGCCUGCUGAACAUCUCACACUGAUUGAUCUAGGGUUCGAUUUCUUUUUCAUUAAUUUCACUAAAGAAGAAUAUAUGCAUAAGGCACUUCAUGAAGGUCAAUGGUUCAUACUUAACCAUUUCCGAAAAUGGGAACCCAAAUUUAUCGCCUCCACUACACAGCUAACAUACUCAGCCCUAUGGGUUCGUCUGCCAGAUUUACCCACUGAGUUUUAUGAUCUAGAAAUACUAAACAGAGUUGGCUCAAAAUUGGGGCAACUAUUAAAAGUGGACACAUGCACCUCCUCUACCACUAGAGGCUGGUAUGCCCGUAUAUGGUAUCGAAGUUCCCUAAGAAAAGCCGCUUAAAACCCAUAUUUAUAUAGGGAACCACAAACAAAUAUUGCUAUAUGAGGGUCUCAACUUACUCUGCAUUAAGUGCGGCAGAUUUGGGCAUGCUUCAUGGAACUGUGUCUAUGCUCCAAAGGCAAACAACAACCUAGACCUUCCCACAUCGCCGACAACUACGGCUUUCUCUCAAUCUCACCAAAACAAGCCACCAGAGGAAACAAAAUGGAAAGUUGUUACUUUCCCAAAAAAUGCUGACACCGCCUUGCCCACGACAAGUCAGUCACCCAGGUCAUCGAGGCUAUAACAGGAGACGGCAGUGGGAGCUACAAUGGUAAACAACACCCCAGGUACCUACUCCAGCAGCUCCAUAGCCCUCAAAUACAACAUGCGUACAGAGAGCAAAAUAGGAUAGCGGAUCAACUAGCCAAAGCAGGUAGCUUUUUGGAAAGUAAUAUGGCUAUGCGACCUUUUGAAAUACCACCACAUUUUGUGUGCCGGCAUUUUGAAGCAGAUAAGCAGGGGACAACUCUUAUGCGCCUAAUCCCACACACAACAAAGCAAGCAAUUGGAGAUCAUGAUGCAGUACCAGUUUUGAGCAACCAAUGGGCAUCAACCUCUGCAACCAGUUUGGAAAACAGUGGUAUACCAAAACCACUUCCUACUUACUUUUUCUGUUGUAAUCAUAGCUCCAAUAGGAACCCCACAAACACUGUAGGUAGCACUAGUAAUAGCUUAGUUUAUGAAUGUAAUAGGGUGCUACCUGAGCACCCUCAUCUCUGUACACAUAUGUUUUAUUUAAUGGAAAAGGUUCAAAUACUCUCCUGAACUUUUCGAAAAGGUCUAAAAAUAACCUCUAUUAGAAGUUUGGCCCAUCACCCAACUUGUCGUUACACUAUCGGGCUACAUAACCCCUUUGUUUUAAACGACUACCAUAGUGGAUUAGUCAUCCACUCAAAAUAUGAUAUUUUGGAAAUUAAUAUACACAUAAAAUUUUAUUUUAAUGCCCAACCCUACCUGUUACCCGACCCUAAAUAAAAUAACCAUUCUCUUAAUACCCUCCCGAAUUUCACUUCACUUGAGAAUUAGGAAUAGCUAUUCUUCUCAAUCACCAACUCACAAAGUUGGUGUUAUUUCCGGCGCAAAUCUGGACAACCAAGUUAGGGUUAGUAUUCCCACCAUCUUUCACCAUUCAAUUCCCAAAAUAUGAGCCAGGGAUCUUCGAGUUCAUCAUAUGGUUCGAGGAGAAAAUGCUGUUAUGGAGUUGUUGCUAGCCAAUUCACUGCUUGGACUCCAAAUAAUGCCGGCAGACGAUUUAACAAGUGCUCAAUGCCUAAUGGACAGAAAUGUAAGUUCUGGGAAUUAGUAGAUGAUGAACUUCCUGUUAGAGUUACAGCACUGAUCAGUAACUUAAAGAAUGAAAAUGAAGCUCUUAGACGUGAAAGGAAUCUCCUGCUGAUGAAAGUUGUCGAGAUUGAAAGUGUCUUAGCAGGGGAUGUUGCAAAAAUUGAAGAUUUCAAGGAAUUAGAUGAUGUUAAAGGAGACAAGGAUGUUUCUAAGGAAAAAAUGGAUGGAGGUUUAGUGUCUGUGAAGGAAAGUAGUCCAAACAAAUGAAAUAUCAUUGGUAUGGUAUGGUGUUGCUUCGUUGGGUUCAUGUGUGCUUGGAUGAUAAAAUAUCUACCUUAAGAUCAACCAAAGUUUGGGUGUAUUUGAUAUAUUUAAGUGAUUAUGUAACCUAUGUUCAAACAAGGUUUAUGUAUAAUUGACAUAGUUAAGGUUUAAUUUAUGUUUUAAGU